CCACCUGCUGGAGAAGACAGUUAUCGCUCUCGCAUCGCCUCAUAUUGCCGUUCUUCAUGUUCAGCUGGCAUUAAUUUCCCUCGUCGUGGUUCUGACUACCCUGCUGAAAUCAUGCAUCGACUUCAACACUUGGCAAAUAGAUCAUUGAUUGCUGGUGUUUUUGACCAGUCUCCAGCCCUUGUGCGGACAAAGACUCGGGAAAGCGCAUGUUUAGUGCAGUCCAUACGACUCAAAACACAAGGACCGGUUGAACAGUAUGGACUGAAGAGAUUCAGUACAGCUGAGGCAACCGUGAUUUUGAGAGAGAACGGCAAGAUGCGAGAAAAGACUCUGACCAUGGACACCCUCAAUCCGCAGGUGAAAGCGGUGGAGUACGCUGUGAGAGGACCCAUUGUCACGAAGGCUGGGGACAUCGAGAGAGGCUUGCAGCAGGGUCAGAAACAUCCCUUCACUGAGGUCAUCAAAGCCAACAUUGGAGAUUCACAUGCCAUGGGGCAGAAGCCAAUCACCUUUCUCCGUCAGGUGGUGGCUCUCUGCUCAUUCCCAGAGCUGUUGAACAGCCCUAGUUUCCCAGAGGAUGCCAAACAACGUGCCCGUCGCAUCCUACAGGGCUGCGGGGGACAGAGCUUGGGGUCGUACAGUGCCAGCCAGGGAGUGGACUGUAUUCGGCAGGACGUUGCUGUCUACAUCGAGCAACGGGAUAAGGGUGUGCCUGCCGACUGGGACAAUAUUUACCUUACCACCGGAGCUAGUGAUGGCAUCGUGAGCAUCUUGAAAAUGCUGGUGUCGGGCCAGGGCCGGUCCAGGAGUGGUGUGAUGAUCCCCAUCCCUCAGUACCCCCUGUACUCUGCAGCCAUCUCUGAGUUGGAGGCCGUUCAGAUCAACUACUACCUGGACGAGGACAACUGCUGGGCCCUGGAUAUCAACGAGCUCCACAGAGCCUACCAGGCUGCCAAGGAGCACUGUCACCCCAGAGUCAUCUGCAUCAUCAAUCCAGGCAACCCUACCGGUCAAGUGCAGAGUAGGAAGUGCAUCGAGGAAGUCCUCCACUUUGCCUACGAGGAGAAUCUGUUUGUUAUGUCCGAUGAGGUGUAUCAGGACAACGUGUACUCCGCAGACCUUCAGUUCCACUCCUUUAAGAAGGUGCUCUACGAGAUGGGCCCAGAGUACUUCAACACUGUCGAGCUGGCCUCAUUUCACUCCACCUCCAAAGGCUACUCAGGAGAGUGUGGGUUCAGAGGGGGAUAUAUGGAGGUUCUCAACCUCGACCUGGCGGUCAAGGCCCAGCUGGUGAAGCUGCUCUCUGUGAGGCUGUGUCCCCCUGUCUCUGGACAGGCUGCCAUGGAUGUCAUCGUCAACCCUCCUCUGCCACACGAACCCUCCUACCUCCAGUUCCACAAGGAGAAGAGUGCUGUGCUUGGAGCUCUGGCUGAGAAGGCCCAGAUGACCGAGCAGACCCUCAACACGGUGCCUGGGAUCAAAUGUAACCCUGUGCAGGGAGCCAUGUACGCCUUCCCACGCAUCUUCAUCCCCCCACGAGCUGUGGAGGAAGCCAAGUCCCUGGGAAUGUCUCCUGACAUGAUGUACUGUCUGAGACUGCUUGAGGAGACUGGCAUCUGCCUCGUUCCAGGCAGUGGCUUCGGCCAGAGGGAAGGGACCUAUCACUUCAGAAUGACCAUUCUGCCCACGACAGAGAAGCUGAAGGUGCUCCUGGAGAAGCUCCGGGAUUUCCACAUCAAGUUUCUGAAGGAGUACGCGUCAUUGGAGGAACCAAAGCGAUGAGAGUCCAGAGGAUGACACACGGGACUCACUAGAACAGUUCAGAUAGUCCCAGUUUGAGAAUGUUUAACACACGUAACAAAAACAGCAUUUACGGAGGUAUCGACUAACGCUAAUGUAAAGUAAAAAAGUAACCCCUUUUUUACUCUACUAGUGUGACCUAUGAUUGCUUGAAGUUUUAUCUGAUUUUAGGAACAGUACUUGUGUUUUAGAGACAUUGUGCCUUUGUCAGGCGAGGUAAAAGUGUGGGGAGAAACGAUGCCGUCUGUACAGAGAUGUUAAAGGGGGAAUCUGCAGUUGCCACAAACAUUUUAGGACUUAUAAAUGAAAUUGUAAAUUGAUGUACCCAUUGAUUCUUGAAGAAUACAACUUGGGCAUGCCUCAUAAGCUGUCGUACCUGAUCAGAACCCAAAAUAUAAGCUWUGUAAAUGUAAAACACUAUAUAGCCUUAACAUGGUUAAAACUGUUAAAAUGAUCAGUCCUUGCAUCCGUAGCUCUGGCUAUGAAUUGGGUUACAAUUCUCCAAUCCCAUCCCUCAGAUUUUUAUUGAAACUGGCAGUGAGGACGUUUUACUGCAACUACUGCUGAUUGCCCCUUCAACACUAAAGCGAUGUAGUUUGUGAUGUACUCAAAGGUGCUCUAUUAUAGAGGACGCACUGGGAAAUGGGACACAAUGUUCUGAUGACAUUUUCUCUAGCACUCGAUUUACUUGUUUUUGUGCCCACYAAGUUAUUUACACUGUUUUGUAUUUUCUAUCCGUCGUAAGGCUUUUCUGUCUCCUUAAGAGGCAUUUUGUGUGAGAGAUCUACACAAUGGGGCACUGUAAGUGCAAAUAUUAUCUUAGAACCAGCUGUACCUUUUUCAGUGUGCCAAAUGGAACUGGGGAACYGAGGUUUUUUAUGUAGGUCAUGGACUCCGGGACAAUGAGUGCUGCUACAUCAGCUCUUUCUGGUCCAAAAACCACUUCUAACAUAACAUCCUAUCAGUCCAAGUCAUACAGCUUUGAGCCUGCAUAGCUUCCUGUUGGGCACAUGUUUAUCCAUACAGUACCUGUCUAGCAUGACACUGAUCUGAGGUGUCUGUUGCACUUGGAAAGUAUUUUUUUUUUGGAGGGUGAAUGUCUGUACUCUCGGGUGCCUAGUUACAGUAUUAUGUGCUUGUUAUGGAAGGAAAUGCAAUUGUUUUGUGUGCUACMAAUUGAAGAGUUAAGGUCAAACCAAGGGAAAUUUAGGUUCUGGUAAUUCUGUAUAUUGACCGUGUCCCCAUAUUAGGCUAUUUAUUGCAUAGAUUGUUUACGCUUUUUACUGACAGUGGCUUUAUGGCUAUCAUUCACAUUUGUAUCACAACUGAGAACGAGAAAGGGAGUACGGUUUCAUCUCAGAUGGUGGGUUGAAUGCACUUUAUUGUUUUUUUUUGUAAAAUGUUUGUGGGAUCCUUCUGCCCGUAUCUAUCUUUCUGCAAACUGCAGGAAAUGUCAUUGAGAAGUAAAACACUUUACAAUUUCCUUUUCUAGGUGGGAGAUGAGCGUAGUGACCCACACAAGGCAGUCUAAAAGCUUCAGUUAAACCAAUGAAUUCAGGCAACUUUAUUCUGACACCAUAUCAUCUCAUUUCUAUUUUUGUAUGCAAUUUAAUGCUGAGUGAAGUGUUCAAGCAGUGACAUAACCUUGGCAGCCAUUCAAUGUAUGACACUCGACUGACCUCAAAACAUGAAUUGUUUUUAACCAUUUGACAGCAAUGAGGUGCCUUCAAUGGCAACAAGCUAUAAUUUACAUUGAGUGGCUUUUGAGAAUGUCAGCAAAUGAAUAUUUUUUUUAUGAAUGAAAUGUUUUAAAAAUGCACAUUUUCUGCUAAA